AUGAUACGGUGGACUGUACUGCUGUCAAUGUAUCUGAGUGUCAUCUCAGCAACCUUUGACUAUGUUUAUGAGGAGCAAUCCAAUAUGGACCCAGAGGAUGUGCUUAUUGUGAGUAUUCCUCUGGAGGGCCAACAGCGUCCUUUACUGGGAGGAACAUUAGUACUACCAUGUCACUUUGAGGACCUAACUGUCCUAGACCCAGGAGCUCCCACCAUUGCCCCCUUGUCUCAUCGCAUCAAGUGGAGUCUUGUCACCAAAGAAAAAGUCACAACUGUACUUGUAGCCUUGGAGGGAAAAGUACGUAUCACAGAGAGCUAUCUGGACAGAGUUCAGCUGCUGGGCUAUCCUGAAACCCCAACAAAUGUCAGUAUCCAGAUAUCUGAGCUACGAUCCAGUGAUACGGGAGUGUAUCGCUGUGAGGUUCAGCAUGGCAUAGAGGACAAUCAUGACAUCGUCCAUGUGCAGGUUCAAGGUAUUGUGUUCCACUACCGGGCUAUCAUGGGUCGCUACACCUUGACUUUUGAAAAAGCAAAGGCAGUGUGCAACCAGAACAGUGCAGUCAUGGCUUCACCUGAACAGCUCCAAGCAGCAUAUGAUGAUGGUUUCCAUCAGUGUGAUGCUGGCUGGCUCUCUGAUCAGACAGUCAGAUACCCAAUCCAUGAUCCUCGUGUGAACUGCUAUGGUGACAAAGAGGAAUUGCCUGGAGUCAGGACAUAUGGAGUGAGAGGUCUGAAUGAGACUUAUGAUGUCUACUGCUUCGCAGAGAAGAUGACAGGCAGAGUUUUCUAUACUGCCUCUGCAGAAAAGUUCAGCUUCUCUGAAGCAGAGGCAGCAUGCUCUAAUAAGGGAGCUCGGCUGGCCACCACAGGUCAGCUCUACAUUGCCUGGCAGGGUGGGAUGGAUGUUUGUAAUGCUGGCUGGCUGCAGGACAGGAGUGUCCGCUAUCCCAUCAACAUUCGUCGGCCACAGUGUGGAGGGGGUCUCCUGGGGGUGCGAACUGUUUACCUCCAUACUAAUCAGACUGGAUAUCCAUUGCCUGAAUCCCGCUAUGAUUGUUUUUGCUACACAGAGUCUCCAGAUGAUGAAGCUUCAGGUGACAUCGAGGAGGGAAGUGGUGUACUGAGUGUUACAUCGGUGACAGAGACCCCAGAGGUAUUCCUCAGGAGGACAACAACAGAAAGUGAGGCAGUCGGGGAGGUGGAGAUUCAGCGACCCACCGUUGUGGACUUCACCUUCACGGGCAGCCCCACUGAGCUGCCACUGCCACAGCCACCCACUGUCACUGACCUUAUCACUGACCUGAUAAAAUCAGUCACCGCCAGGCCUGAAGUAGGGAGGGAUCCCAGCAAAGGCUAUGUGAUGCCUCCAAAUGGUGUGGUCUUCCAUUACCACUCAAGCCCUGGUCGGUAUGCAUUCACCUUUGUUGAGGCUCAGCUGGCCUGUCAGAGCACUGGAGCCUCAAUAGCCACACUAGCGCAACUCAAUGCAGCUUAUGAGGCUGGAUAUCACCAGUGUGAUGCAGGAUGGUUGCUGGACCAGACCGUAAGAUAUCCUAUUGUUUUCCCCAAAGAUAAAUGCGCUGGGGAUCUGGGAGACAAACCCGGAGUUCGGUCUUAUGGUUUAAGGCCAGCAAAUGAGAGAUAUGAUGUGUACUGCUACAUUGAUGGGCUCAAAGGUGAGGUUUUCCAUGUGGGAGCCGCUGAGGGUUUCACAUAUGAUGAGGCAUCUUCCAGCUGUCGAGAGCAACACGCAGUAUUGGCCUCCACUGGACAGCUAUACGCAGCAUGGAGGAUGGGUUUUGACAAGUGCCGUGCUGGAUGGCUAGUGGACGGAAGUGUUCGUUAUCCCAUCAACAACCCCCGUGCUGAAUGUGGAGCAGGGACAUCAAAAGUGCACACUGUGUACACCAACCCUAACCAGACACAUUUUCCUGAUCAUAGUGCCAGGUUUGAUGCAUACUGUUUCAGAGCUGACAUUUUCCUUAUUGCAAAUGAAACUGGACUGAACAUCACAGAUAUCCAGGAGGCCCUCUUAAACCUAACAUCCAUUACUGAUUUUUUGAGGCCUGUUGAACACUCUAUCACCCUUCCUAUCCCUGUGGAAAUGUCUGGCUCUGGUUCAGGCUCAGCAGACCUAGGUUCUGGGUCUGCUGUCGACACUGCCUCUUCGGGUCAUGUUGGUUCUGGAGAGCAGGCUACCUCCGGAGACCUCUCGGGCUCUGGAGAGCAGGCUACCUCUGGAGACCUCUCGGGCUCUGGAGACCAGGUUACCUCUGGAGACCUCUCGGGCUCUGGAGACCAGGUUACCUCUGGAGAUCUGUCUGGAUCUGGAGACCAUGUUAUAUCUGGAGAUAUGUCUGGCUCUGGAAACCACUUUACCUCUGGAGAUAUGUCUGGCUCUGGAUACCACUUUACCUCUGGGGAUUUGUCUGGAUCUGGAGAUCAGGUUUCCUCUGGAGAACUUGCUGGUAGUGCACGUGCUGAACUGUCCAGUGGAGAAUCUGGUCUUGGUAGUGUAGAUGCUUCUGGAUCAGGUCUUAGUGGAGAAGAAUCUGGCAUUGCUGUUAUCUUUUCAGGCAUUGACAGCACUGACCAUGGAGAAGGCUCAUUUUCAGGAGGACCCCAAGAAGCUGGAGAGGGGAGUGCAGGGAUUCUUAUUGUUCCUUUACUUGAAGCAGGGUUUGGAGUGAUUAGUGGUAGUGGGGACUUAUCUGGAUCAGGGUUCAGCUCUGCAGAGAGUGGUUCUGCCACUGAAAGCUCUGGAGAAAGUGGGCAACACUCUGGCAUUCCUUCUGGUUUCAUUACCAGUGAGGACUUUUCUGGGUUCAGUGGUUUCCCAUCAGGAUUAUUCUCUGGAAGUGCUAGUGGAUACUCAGGAGAGCUUUCAGGAAAUGAAAAUGCUCAAAUCUUUUUCAUAGGUGAUGAAAUUAUUGAUGCAUCCACUCCAAGUACCCACAAGGAGUAUGAGCUUGGUGAGGACCAACUGCUGUUCAGUGGCUCAGGAGACAUCUCAGGAUCUGGGAUUCUCAGUGGGGAUCACAGUGGCUCAGCCUCUGGAUGUGACUCAGGGUUCUUCUCAGGCAUGACUUUUGUGGGAUCUGGUUUCACAGAACUUAUUGUGUCAUCCUCUGGAGAGCAGGAGGCCUCUGGGUUUUUACUUUACAAUUCUGGGCAAGGGAGUGGUGAACAUUUGUCUGGAUUUGGAAGCGCAAGUUUCAUCUCUGGGUCCGGAUCAGGAAUGUCUGGAUCAGAGUCUUCUACAAGUGGAGACGAAGGCAGUUUAUCAUUUUUGAGUGGGGAUUUCACGAAAGAGGUAUCCAGAGAUACUAUAUUGUCUAUGGAGCAUGGAAAGGGCUCAGUGGAGUACAGUGGAGAAGGUAGCAGUAGCAGCAGUGGCCUCUUUUCUGGCAGUGGAGACUACUACACGUCCACAGCCAGUGGCAUUUCCUCAGGUGUUUCCUCUAGAGAUCUACCACAGGUGGUGUUGCCUUCGCCAUCCAGCCAAUGGACAGUCACAGAGGGCAGUAAAGGAUCAGAGAAAGUCCUUACUAAGGUUGACAUAUCAAAGACCAUUGAUAAUGUCUAUGGGACCCAUGGGCAUGCACUCGCCCCUGCAGGAUUGGCUGCUCCUCCCACCACAGAUACACCAGCCUCUGUGCAGACACCAGGCAUCGUUGGAAAAACAGUAGAAGGUGGAUUCCACCCAUGCAAUCCCAAUCCAUGUGGUGCUGCUCUAUGCACAGAAGAGGAUGGGGUUGCUCUCUGCCAUGAGAUAGAUGUGUGCCACUCCAACCCUUGUGCCAAUGGAGCAACCUGUGUGGAGAGUGCAGACUCUUACAAAUGCUUAUGCCUGCCAAGUUACGGAGGGGAACGUUGUGAGAUCGAUGAACAGCAGUGUGAAGAUGGUUGGAUUAAGUUUCAGGGGAACUGCUACCUACACUUCUCUGAUAGAGAGAUGUGGCUGGAUGCGGAGAAUCGCUGCCGGGACCUGAACGCCCACCUGGUCAGCAUUGUCACCCCAGAGGAGCAAGAUUUUGUGAAUUCAAAUGCUCAGGACUACCAGUGGAUUGGACUGAAUGAUAAGACAAUAGAAAAUGACUUCCGCUGGACAGAUGGCACGGCACUGCAAUUCGAGAACUGGAGACCAAACCAGCCAGAUAAUUACGUCAACUUAGGAGAAGACUGUGUAGUGAUGAUCUGGCACGAGAGCGGCCAGUGGAAUGAUGUGCCCUGUAACUACCACCUGCCGUUCACCUGCAAGAAAGGCCCAGUGUUUUGUGGUGCCCCACCAGAGGUGGAGAAUGCCCGCAUGUUUGGUAACAGGAGGGAGGAGUAUCCUGUCAACUCUAUCAUCCGGUAUCAGUGUAACACAGGAUUUAAACAGCGCCACCCACCAGUGGUUCACUGUAAAACAGACGGACAGUGGGAGAAGCCCCAGGUGGAAUGUACUGAUGUGAAAACCAGAAAAAGAAUACAGCGGAGGGGCAGCAAGAGUCUGGCAGCCAAGCUUCACUCAGAAGGAAAAUAAAAAGUAAUAUAUUGUUAUAAAAGGACAUUUACAGUACACGAAAAUCCAUUUUCCAUUUUAGUGGAGAUUAUUGAGAAGGUUAUAUUGUUGGAGAGCCCAGACAAAGUGUGCUACAUCAUGGUAAAGUGAUUUGUUUGGCUGCUGUAUGCCCUGUCCUCUGCCCCUUAAUAUAUUUGAAUUAAAUUAAUUAAUUUUAUUGUUUUUGAGUUUAUUUUAUAUUGAAUAUAUUGUAAAAUAAUCUUAUUUGGUGAAAUCAUUCCUGGUAUCUCUAGUCUGCUGUAGAUUUGUAUCACAGCCACAUAAAUGGUUGUUUGUGUAUGUUGGUGUUUAACUUUUGGAGAGAUGGAGAGACACAAUAAUGUUUAAAAAGGGAUAGUGGCGCAUAUUUUGACAAUGACUCCUCAGUCAGUGGGAUUUCUGCUCAUCGUUUUUUUUGCUCAAACAUUGAAAGUAGUCAAACACAAACCUUUCUUCUUUGAGGUCACAACAGGGAGUGAAUGGGUUGAGAAGUCUAAAUCAUCAAAGCCGAAAUGAGGGCCUAAUUCUUUUUGGGGAUAUAACAUCUGAAACAGAUAAAUCAGCUACAACUAAAGUAGUAUGGCUCUGUGGAAAAGGCCAGCCAUUUUUCUGGCAGCUUUGUUUUGCACCAGUCAGCUAAUUUACCUGCUGCAUGUUGUUUGUACAAGUCCCCAGGAAAAUAUUGUGCAGGCAGGAACUUUUUCCAACCCACAUUUAAUCAGGCUUUUAUUUAAAUGAAAUGAUUGUGAAAGUGGUGAGUAUUACAGGUGAUGGCAGUAUUUAACAUUAGCAAAUUGUUUGCACAACAAUAAAACUUAUUUAUAUAGCAUUAUUUAUGACAAAAAAGCAGCUCAAACUGCUUUUCAAGGAGAUGUAAAGGAAUAGAUACAGGACAUAUGAUAGGAGCAAUACAACAAUGAAAUGUUGAGAAGUAAAGAUUUAUGCUAGCUAAUAUAGCUAGAUUUUGCUUCAUAUUUCAUAGAAAAACUGUUUUUUCUCAUGUAGUAAAUUAGCAUAUUUCACAACUAUUCAUUAUACUAUUCAUUAAAUGUGUUAUUUCACACUUUACUCUGUAUUACCUUUCCUAACUUCAACUAAUUCAAUUGUGUAUUUUGACAUUUUAGGCAUUACUGAAUGUGAUUUUAUUUCAAAUAAAAUCCCCUCCCACAGUGGUGGCAAAAAAACACAUAACUGUCUGAUAAUAAUAAUAAUUAACCAACCAGUCACAAAUCUUUAAUUUACUUUUCUGCCGGACUGAGCCUGUAAUUGUUACACAAAAGAUUCAGGGCUGCUGAAUGAGAGGUUGUGAGCAGCAAGUUCUUCUAGAUCCUUUACGACACCAUAAAUCAUAUUUCAUCUGCAGAACAAUUGGUUUGUCGGUUUGCCAUGUGGCUGUUUUUUUUCAUCUUUUAUUUUAUGUGUUUUUCCAAAUCACCAUCAUGUUCCACAAGGCUGUGCAGUGCAUAGUGUUUGUGUGGAGCAAUGAAUCUAAUGAACCUGGUAUUUAUCUGUUUCAUUUUUGCAACCUCAGUGGAAAAAAACACCACUGUAAACAUUGCCUUGUGUUAUUAUUUUCCAUUUUUGACUGCUUUCAUUUCAUACACUUGUUUUAUGUCAUUGUUGCUGAAUCUGGGGGCUGUGCCUCCAUCAAACAUACGAUUGCCUGCUGAAUGAUAAGCCAAAUACUACAAUUUCAAGCUGUACAUGAAUGUGCUAUAAACCUUUAUAUUCACAGAUUUAUAGGAUAAACCUAGUGAUAUUUCAUAGCUCCCUAAUCUCAUGAAGAGACCUAAACCACGUAGAGCGAGACAGAUCUGAGUCUGUAUACAAGGGUGUGUGUUCCUUUACCUCAUCAUCACAGACACACUAGUUUCAUCAGUUAAUUUUACAACUGUUCACUGUAGCACCAAUGCUCAAUGCUGAAAAUCAUUAACUGUGAUGUUUGAUAAAAAACUGCAGUAAUAAUGCAAUAAUGCACACUGAAAGAAAUUAGUGAAAGACAGACAUGAAAGUGAGCUUUGUGGUUUAUGUCUUCUCAGGGGAGAUCUGGACACUAAGAAAGACACCAGCCUUAUCCUUGAAGACAUAAAAUAUGAGAUAGAAAUAAACUUAUAUAAUAUAUUAACAAAUGUUUUCCUAAUUCUUGCCUGAUGGAAUUAACCUACAUGUGACCUAAUUUUAAGUUCUUGUACUCUGAAGAUGCUUUAUUCAAUAAAUGUUA